AUGACGCCACCAGGUCAACCAGCAGGUGGUGCCAGGGUUAGGGCUGGAAACCGCGUGUCCUGGUUCCCAGGCCGACCUUCUCCCACCUGCUUCAAGCCCAGGCAGCUGGAGCGCGCGCGUACCGGCCCCCGCCGGUGCUGCUGCGCGCCUGCAAAACUUGCCGGAAUUAAAUCAACCUCGGGGGAAGGUGGGGGAGAGAGGGAAAGCAAGCCCCCACCGCGGCCGGAGCUCGGCUGCCAGGCCCCGCACCCCGCCGGGAAUUCCCCAGAAUACUCCGCGGCGGCCGGGGCGGUGGCGCGUCUCCGAAAUGGACACGCGGGAGGCGCCCCCGGGCUGCGCUCUCCACCGCAACUGCGGACCUGGGCCGCGGGAACCCCCUGGGGCAUCAGCUUCGGGCGCUUUGCUCGACCUCCCCGGCUCUGCUUUGGUCCAGGUUGCGCGGAGCCGCUUCGCCGGCUGAAUGCCGUUGGUUCGCGGAAGCCGAAGGCGCUGGCCACGCAUCUCGUGUCCCCAGGCGCCAAGCCCGAGGUGGUGGCGGCAGACCUAUGGGCUGUAACGAGCUCACCCAGUGAGCAACUAGCUCGCAGGUUUAGUAUUGAGGUUAUGCGUAUAAGGUUGGUCCCGCGCGCCCUUCAAGGGCCCUCCCCUCUCUCUGUCCCCAGACGCGGGGUGGGGGGCGCAAUUGCCCGACGAGAAUGUCUCCGAGCUACUCCCAAACAGGAGGCGCUACUUUUCCAGGAGCAUGCGGAAAAGAUACUCAACAAAAUGUGUCUGCCCGCGCUGAGUGCGGGGCUAAGGCCGGAAGAGCCUUUGAGCCCUGGGCACACCGAGCUCCCACCAGUGGCCUUUAGGCGGCUCCUGGGCCUGGACAGGGCUGUUCUCGCACCACGUCCGCCCCGGCCCCAAAGGGCUCUAGCUGUCAUUGGGCAUUCUCGAAUUCCUCCGUGGCUUCGCGCGGCCAAGAAGCGGUCUGCUGCUCGCUUCCUUAAACUGCUUCAACAGACCAGAAAUCCCGCAGAAACUCCAUUGGCAGAAGGAACCUUCCUGGCAUGGAGUGACAGCGAAGGCAUCCUCCUCUGAAAGGGUCUCCUUUCCUUAGGGUGGGCCAAGAGUCUGCUCUUUCCCCUGGGACCUUCUUGCACGCUCCACUUUAACGCCUAUUCUAAAACGUCUGCUGGCCUAGGAAAAACUGGCCAAAUAGCACCAGCCAGUAAUAACAGAUCCUGCCUAAAUGAAAAUUUGAAUCUAUUUCGCUCACUACCCUUCUGCGACCCGACGGGCAAAUAGCCGGUCUCGUGGUCCUCCCCUCGCUCAGCUCAACAAGAGUCGGAAGCUAUAAACACUCAACUUGGUGUCUCCAAACUUGGAAGAUCUCGGAACUGAAAGGGUACCGUAAAAUUUCCAACUUCAGAGAUCUCAUUUUACAAAUAAAGAAACUAAGGUGCAGAGAUGAGAAGAGGGUACGUUUUCCAAACUCUGCUUUUCGUCCCAGCCUAAGGGCAAAGGCAGCCAAAACCAGAAUCUGACUGCGGGUUCUCUCUGCAGUCAGUCAACUGGGAUUCGCUGUUGGGUGUGCGGAGAAUGCGGAGAGUGCAGAGCAGGAAACUGCUUCCGGGACCCCCCACCCCGCAAGUACCGGGACCUCAGCGCCGCGGCUCAUCCACCUUUCCCUCACAGAUGACACCAGAGCCCUGUAGAUUGAUCAUUUUGACCCCCUGUUUAAUUUUACUUAUUUCCCUUUCCCUCGAUGUGCUGAGAAUAGCAAGACUGCUCCAACACACCCAAGUGAUGGGACCUGUGAACUCCCAAGCCCUCCUCUGGACCCAGCUCAGACGUCACCAUCCAGAGAAACGCCUCACACUGCCCC